AUUUCCCCCAAGGAGGUGGAGGAGGGUCAGUUCUCAGGAGGUACAACCAGUUGGGAGUGGGGCAGGAGAAUCUGAAGAGAGAAAGUGUUAAUUAAGCCCUUCAGAUGAUCUUCCUUCUUCAUCUCCUCAUGACAUCAGUCACUCAAGGAGGCGAUGCCAGGACUCACUCUCUGCGAUAUUUUCGCCUGGGGGUCUCUGAUUCCAGCCAAGGGAUCCCUGAAUUCAUUUCAGUUGGCUAUGUGGAUUCUCAUCCUAUCACUUCAUAUGACAGUGAUAGAAGACAGAAGAUGCCCCAGGCCCCUUGGAUGGAAGAGAACUUGGUAUCUGAUCACUGGGAGAAGUAUACUCAGCUUUUGAGGGGCUGGCAGCAGACAUUUAAAGUCGAACUGAGGGCCCUGCAGAAUCAUUACAAUCAUACUGGAGGAUUUCACACCUACCAGAGGAUGAUUGGCUGUGAGUUACUAGAGGAUGGUAGUGCCACAGGAUUUCUCCAGUAUGCAUAUGAUGGAAAGGAUUUCAUCAUUUUCAAUAAGGACUCUCUGUCUUGGAUUGCUGUGGAUAAUGUGGCCAGACUCACCAAGCAGGUCUGGGAGACCAACCGGAAUGAGUUACGGUAUCAGAAGAAUUGGCUGGAAACAGAAUGCAUUGUCUGGUUAAAGAAAUUCCUGGAGUUUGGAAAAGAUACCCUCCAACGGACAGAAACCCCAUUACUCAGUGGGAGCCGCAAAAAGUCAUCUACUGGGAUUACAACUCUUAUCUGCAGAGCCUAUGGUUUCUACCCCCCAGAGAUUACCAUGACCUGGAUAAAAAAUGGGGAACCAAUAACCCAAGAAAUUGAAUAUGGAGACAUUCUUCCCAGUGGGGAUGGAACCUAUCAGACCUGGGUAUCAAUAGAGAUUGAUCCUCAAAGUAAAGAUCAUUAUUCCUGCCAGGUGGAGCAUAAUGACACGCUGAAGGUCCUCCAAGUGCCGGUUGAGUCAAAGACCAGCUCUCCAUUUGUGGAAACUGUUUUUGGGUUGACUAUUAUUGUCUUAUUUCUGAUUGGUUUGGGAAUUUUUGUUUACAGAAGAAAACAAUCAGGUCUUAAAGAAGUCAGCUACAUUUCUACGCCAGUUAACUAAUUUAGAUGCUACCUUCAUAUUUCUCUUUCCUUCCAAUGGUCACAGCCCCUCUACAUAUGGCCUGGGGUACACUAUCAGAAAAUCUCUGAUUAACCCCCCCCCCCAGAGAAUAUUGAAAAGAGGUGAUAUACUACAAUGGAUAGAGGACCAAAACUUAGAGUCAGGAAGACCUGUGUUCAAAUAUCACUUCAGAUACUUGUUAUGUGAUUCUGGGCAAGUCACUUUAACCUCUUGGUGCCUCAGUUUCCCCAUCUGAAAACUGAAAACUGAGAGGAUUGGACUAAAAGUGUGUCUAAGAGACCUUCGUUGAGCUUAAACAUCUAUGACCUAUGAUGACAGAAAUUUGAGGGGUACUGGAGUUGAAAUUCUGUAAUCAUCUGAUUAUACCCCAAACUUACAUCUCUGAAAUACUGCCAGUUUAGGGUACAUUGAUUCACAAUACAUGACAGCUGGGAUGAAUCAUAUCUGAUGAAUGGAUAUAACAUCUCCAUAGAUCUUAUUUAUCAGUGGAUUUUGAACAAUGUCAUGAGAAUCACCUCAGAUGCCAUGGUGAACUUGGAACUGAUUCAGUAAGCAGUGUGGGAAUACUCAGGAUUUCCAUUGCAUGUUACAGCCUAAACCUGAACUUUGUAUGUGUUCCCUGUGGCUGAGAAGAAGCUCCAGUAGCUGAAUUUUCUUGGUAAUGUUGGCCUGUACGCAAGCAUUGGUGAGACUUUGCCUGGCUUUGUCAGUGGGCAUUAUCCCAGACUGAUUUAAAGAAAAGUUGGGUAACGCUCAAAAACUCUAUAAUUACUUCCAAUGGCAACAUAGAGGCCUUGAUACAAGAACCACAUUUUGAUGCCAAAAUUAUAACUAUCUGUACAUAUACACCUAUAUAUAAAAUAGAGUCUCAAAAGGGUUCACAGUGGGGGGGAGUUUUCACAUCUCUGACUCAUGGCCUCCAGCCAGAAAAUUCAUUAUCUGUUACCAUCCAGGAUACUUUCUCCUCACACAUAGAGUGCACAAAAUGAAAGAAGGGUUUUAUUGAAGGAUCAAAGAGAACACAAAACAGAAUGCUUGGAAAUCAAACCGCAUAUUUCAAGAAGUGGCCACCUCCCAAAGGUCUUUGUAGAUUCUCCGUCGUAGAACACGAUUUCAGGUCCCCUUACCGGCUAAUCCCAGCAGCUGUAACCAAGCUUGAUUCUUUCUGCUUUGUAGCUAGUGCCAAGCAUUGCCCUAAAGCAAAACCAGAAUCCUCUUCUGAGACAAAA